AUGAGCGUCGCGAAAGUCGGCACUUCCGCCGCUGACUCAUCCGUCCGUCCUCUGUCGUGCCUGAGGCAGCGCCGGACGGACGCUGGAGUGGCCCGCGAUGCAGUGGAUCCGGAGAGUAGACAGGAGGAACUAGGAGUAGCAGGGGAGAUGGCUACUAACUAUGUUAACUAUGAGGUGGUGCCUGACGGUCUGACCAGCACAGACGAUGACGCACUGGGGGCUGCGCAGCCACCAGGCCCUCAGGCCACAAGGCAGGCAUUACAUAACUCCGGCCUUAGGCUUCCGUCAUUCAUUCGGCUGCCAGACUCCUUUUACUUCCUGCGCACUUGUUCGUUCUCCCCGUCCUUUGUUCUGCUCCCUCUAACCCCGCCUGGAUAUCCCGUUACAUUUGUGUUCCCCGACGCUCUCAUGGCCGAACCUCUCCACGAUAGUCCGGUGCCAGCGUCGUCUUCCCCCCGGGGCCCCGAUGCGCCACCGUUGAGCGCGGAUUCCGGGCAGUCGGCGAACUUGGAUAUCCGUCCAGGCCCACCGGCCAUGUCCGAGGAAUUGAAGGCUCGUUUGGACAAAGUCAUCUACUCGGAUAUCGGCAUUACCACUCUCCUAACCCGGCUAAAACAAAGCGUCGCUUCCGCAAGGGAUUUCUCGACGUUCCUGAAGAAGCGAUCGAGUUUGGAGGAGGAGCAUGCGCAAGGACUAAGGAAACUCUCUCGCUCUCUGUACGAUGCCGCGCACCGUUCCGAUAAUCGCCAGGGCACCUACGGCCAGAGCCACAAUGACCUGAACCGCUUCCAUGACCGCAUGGCCGACCAUGGGCUUCAGUUCGCCGUGUCCUUGCAGCAGAUGGCCGACGAUCUGCAUGAGCUGGCAUCGAACAUCGAGCGGGGUCGCAAGCAAUGGAAACAAACCGGUCUGAGCGCGGAGAAGAGAGUGAUGGAAGCGGAGGCCUCGGCUGAGAAGGCGAAGGCCAAAUACGAAUCACUGGCAGAGCAAUAUGAUCGCGUCAAGACGGGUGACAAGUCCGGCGGGAAGUUUGGCCUGAAGGGACACAAGUCGGCUGCGCAGCAUGAGGAGGAGCUGCACCGCAAGGUACAAACUGCGGAUUCGGAUUAUGCUGCCAAGGUGCAAGCGGCGCAGGCAGCUCGCCAGGAGCUGAUUUCCACCCACCGGCCUCAGGCCGUUCACAACAUGCAGCAAUUGAUCUCGGAAUGCGAUUCGGGGCUCACGCUGCAGCUGCAGAAAUUCGCUACUUUCAAUGAGAAGCUCCUGCUGGGACAAGGUCUCUCCAUUAGCCCGCUGAAGGAUGGGACCAACUCCGCCAUCGCACCGAAGAGUCUCUACGAGGUCAUUCAGACCAUUGACAACCAGAAAGACUACAACGAGUUCAUCCUGAGCCACGAGAACAACCCCGCUGCGGUAGCCUCUGAGCAAGUAAAAUACCAGCGUCAUCCGACUCUUGCUGGCUCAGGACCGGUCGUCCCGGCCUCUCAGCCCAGCUCGCAAAACAAGCGCAUGUCUAUUCUGCCUCAGUCCUUCUCCACGCAACAACUCCCCCCUCCAAGCCAAUCUUCCUCGCAACCUCCGGCCCCUAGCAGUCAACCUCAUCCGUACCCCCAGGGACCCGACUCGUACUCUUCGCCUGCGUUCCAACAGCCUCCGUACCCUACCAACUCUGGGCCACCUGCCCCUGAGAAGGUCCCGUUGGAUGGCGCCCCCUCGGCCCCUCAGCCUAGCCCUCUGCCACCACCGAGCAAUUCCUUCCAACAACACCUGCCGCCGUUGAAACCAGUGUUUGGAAUCUCCCUCGAUGAACUGUAUGAACGAGAUGGCACUGCGGUUCCUAUGAUUGUCUACCAAUGCUUCCAAGCAAUCGAGCUUUUUGGUCUGGAUAUGGAGGAUUCAUCGCAAGUGGAUUUCACCAAUCCCGAGAACUUCUACCAUGAUGUAAAUAGUGUUGCCGGCUUGCUGAAGCAAUUCUUCCGAGAUCUUCCCGAUCCGUUGUUUACUUCAGCUUUCUACUCGGACUUCAUUAAUGCCGCCCGUAUCGAGGAUGACGUCAAGCGCCGUGACUCGCUGCAUGCCCUUGUCAACAACCUCCCCGACGCACACUAUGCCACCUUGAGGGCCUUAACACUCCACCUGAACAAGAUCCAAGAGCAUUAUACCCAGAAUCGCAUGAACGCAGGCAACAUUGCCAUUUGCUUUGGACCUACUCUACUUAGCGCAAGCACCGGUGGCAACAUUGCCGAUGCAGGCUGGCAGGUCCGUGUCAUCGAAACCGUCCUGGUCAACACGUUCCAGAUCUUUGAUGACGAUUAG